AUGGGAGACUUCGCUUUGUAUUAUUACCAGCGAAAUCCCGAGAAGAUAAUAGACGAUAAUGACCUAAUCGGUGAACUUUCAUGGAUAUUGGCUAAUAGUUUUGUGCGUACUCAUGUCCAUUCGGCUCUUGGCUACAAUGCAACAGAACUGUAUUCGUCUACAAAUAGUGUGAUAUCUAAAGCAGUGAACAAAGCCGAAUCAUUAUUAUAUUACGUUCGUUAUGAGCCAGUUGAUAAAUUACAAGCGCAAUCAUCGAGUGAAGAUCCGAAAUAUAAAUACAUUAAUAGAAUUAUUGCGGUUAAUUUACGACAAGAUCAUUUUGAUGUGAUUGGUAUUGCUGAUCUUUCACGAGAUAAAAAAUUUGAAAUAAUUGUCUCGUUGAUAAAAGCAGGUCAUGAUAUAUACAAGAACUACCUCGAGAAGAGUAUAACAGACAAAAUAAAACUUGAAUAUUUGUUAACAAACAAACAUCAAAUAUUAUAUUUAUCUAUGGGUUGUGUACUACGUGAAUUUUAUGAUCAAGGUGUAUAUACAUGGUUUCGUCCAUUAGUUAUGGAACAUAUUCAAUCCCGCUAUCAUUUUAAACGAGCUUACGGAAUAAGUUUGUCGCCGGCAUCAACACAUGUACUUCAAAAAGAUGGAUACAAAUGCAUUGGCAAAAUAAGUGCUAAAAUGUUCGAAUGUCCCGAAAAAUCAGAGAACUAUCCAUUUACAAAUAUGGUGGAAGGUCAAGAUGAAGUAUCUAUCCUUGAAAAAAUAUUUGUCCAUGAAUAA